CACUUUUUGCUUUUUCUCGUCUCUCAUGCCUCGUACUGCUGCUGCCUACUGCGUCUUGUUCGUCGCUCUCGCGAUUUAUAACGCGCAUGCGCAAAUUAUAAUCCCAAGCAACGAUACAACGGGAUGUCGGAGUCCAAGCUCACGAUGUCGUCCGCCAUUGAAAUUAGGCGAUUUCGAUCCAUGUGAAGAAUUGAACUGCCCCGGUGGCGUGGUGGUGGAUAACGUGAAGUGCCCGUGCUGCUAUCGCUGUGCCAAGCAGACUGACCAGGAGUGCAGCCCAGAGACGGAGAACAUAGUUCUUUCCUAUGACUACUGUGACGGGGCGGGAUUGAGGUGUCAAAAAAUUACGUCACGUGGAAGUUCGACUGCUAUUGGUCGUUGUGUCGGUAAAAUAGUGCAGCCAUGUCCACAUGGUCAUGUACAUCAGAAAGGAUGUCUGACUUGCACGUGCAUCAACGGAGCAGAGACGUGUGUGAGGACCAAGAACAUCACCUGUCCAAAGCUGAAUUGCGGACCUCGAUUCAGGUAUCGUCCUGUUGACAAGUGCUGUCCUUUAUGUUCAGAGAUACCCAUAAUGGAACCCUUUCCACUGCCAUCAGUCAACGUACUAGGAGAUUCAUCUGAAUUUCUUGUUAAGCAAAGAACCGAAGUAACUGUCAAAUUUCUUGCUUAUGGUCUUUCAACAGUCGAUACGUUAUCCAACUUGCCUCUCUACCACAAUGGACAUCAACUCCAGUCAUCUCGCUAUCUAUCAGUUGAACUUAUCCGUCUUCCUACUUCAGUGAAUGGUUCAACCAUUUUUGACAGUUUUGUCGAAAUCACAUUUUUUCUAAGUGUUGUGAAGAAGAGUAAUGAAGGCGAGUACACAUUAGUGGCCGAGAACGAUCAAGGAACAGAUAACGCGAGUUUCAGUCUUCAAGUGAUCAAACCUAGUUUGAAAAGUUGUUCUUUUGAAACUGAUCUUUGUGAUUGGAAACAGCAUGGCACUGUUGUUGGCUGGUUACGUUAUCGUGAACAACCAGUGAACUCUACUGAAUCUGAGGCCAGAUCUGGUGCAUCAGGUUAUUAUCUACAAUUGGAGUAUUUCGAAAGAGUCAGAGGUGGCGAACAAGCUGUAUUGCAGGGUGUGUUGACGCCGGCCAAGUUUCAUCCCACGUCACUGUCUUUCACUUAUCGCCUAUUUGAAUCAGAAAAGGGCAAUCUCACAGUAUCCCAGUACCUCUAUGACAAGGAUGGAAACAAAGUUAUAAGAAAUCUGUGGAGUCAGAGUGGAGACCAGGGCAACACGUGGCAUACGGCUUCGGUAAAGGUUGGACCCAUUCAGCCAUAUGUGAAAUCUCGAAUUUAUUUUGUUGCUACUGUUGGUCGCGCAUGGCAGAAUGUUGCUAUUGAUUCGAUUGUUUUGUCGUAAACCAAUGUAACAGACAUCUUUUUGUAUUGCGACUUAGUGACGUAGUGACGAUUUGCUUUGAAUGUUGUCAGUCUUUGUGGAUUUUGUGCGUGUAAUUGUUGCAUAACAGCAAAUCAAUAGAUUGAGUGAGUUGUUAAUUAA